CUUUUCGUGUUUGGACAGGUUUUCAGUUUCGAUCGAUGAGUCAGACUCAAAGUUCCGCUUUUUCCCUUCACAGAGACUCAAAUAUUCACAGAGAAUUGAGACUCCAGUGGCCGACUCAACAGAUGCAACCAUGUCUAAAGUUCAGUCUGCAGCUAUGAGUCUAGAGGAUAGAGUCUAUGGGACCAUAUAUGGAAACUGUAUCGGGGAUGCCAUCGGUCUCUUAACAGAGUUCCUGAGCAAGGAAGAAGCUUUUCAGUGCUAUGGCAGCAAGAAGUUGGAAUAUUCCAUGAAGGUGAAGGAUGGGCACCGUGUGCGCUGGAACGUCGGAGACUGGACAGACGACAGCGACCAGAUGAUCCUCAUCAUUCUCGCUCUGAUAGAGAAAAAGGAGAGGAAGGUAACCGUAGAAACCCAGCAGGACUUUGCCCUUCGGAUGAGACAGUGGAUGCACCACGGUUUCCCCGAGCUGGGUGACUGGGGAGGCUGUGGAAUCGGGGGAACUACACUGCAGGUCCUCACACUGGACAUGUUCACUACAGACCCAGAACAGGCAUCUCGCACAGUUUGGGAAAGGUCGGGGAAGGUUCUGGCGCCCAACGGAGGCGUGAUGCGGACAUCCAUUCUGGGUGUCCAUCAGUACCAGGACCUGGACAUGGUCAUACACAACACUGAGAAGCUCUGCAGGGUCACACACGCCGACCCCAGGUGCAUUGCCUCGUGUGUCGCCGUGACAACGGCCAUUGCCAUGAUGCUGCAAGGGAAACAUCGGAAAGAAGAUGGGACCACGGAUGCCUGGGGCAUCACUCAUGACAGCUUCGAGCACGCCAAGAAAUAUCUGGUAACAGAAGAUGGAACAGAAGACAGUACUGCAGUCCAGGAGCUCCAGUUUCACAUGGAGGCGGAGAAGCUCUCGACCCUGAAGCUGGAUGAACGGCGUAAGAUCGGCUACACGUACAAGACCCUCGGCGCCGGGUUCUGGGCGCUGCGACAGAACGACUUCAGGAAGGCGAUGACUGAACUGGUCAUGGAGGGUGGGGAUGCGGACACUAACGGAGCAGUAGCUGGAGCCCUGCUGGGGUGUAAGCUGGGAGUGAAGGGUCUGCCCAAGUCAUGGAGGGACAAACUCUGCUAUAAAAAAUGGCUGGACGAGCAGAUCAUUGCCAAGUACCUGGAAACAUUCCCUCUCGUACAUGUACCACCAACAACUGUCAGUGGUGACGCCCCCCUCCCCAACAUACAGGCAAAGGUUUGUAAUGAUGUUGAGGAGAAUGCAGAAAGUGGUAGAAGAAGCAAAGAUGGUGAAGGAGGGAAGGAAAAGGGUGACUGUGAGAAGGAGACAAAAGAAGAGUCCAGUGAGGACAAAAGCUCAAAGGCAACAAAGGAGCCACAGGGGAUACAAAUGGAAACUGCAGUGUAAAUGUCAACUUGACCUUAAUACUGACAAAUUAAAAGGCCUGCUCUUUUUUGUUUGCCAACAGAUUUAGACCUAAUAGUAUGUAUUUGGUGGUAAUACAGAUUUUUGGUUGUAUCAUACCAAGGAGGUUUAAGAUCAAGAUUUUAAACCUCCUUAAUCAUACCGAGCAACUUCACUUUUUAAGUCAUAGUUCUUCAUAGAGAUGUCAAAAGAUUUUUAAUAAAAAAAAUUAUUGAAUGUCAAUUAUCAUUCUAUCACACAUCAUCAUCAUCUACCUGUAUCCAAAUCUGUCUGCUUCUGAAGUUUAUGGUUCCAUGGUUUAGACCAAAAUUUUGUGCUUUGAAAGGAGAAUUAUAAAUGUAGUGAUAUACUAGUUUCCCAUAUAUUAUUUGAUAUUUAGAUGUUUGUAUAGGAAUUUAUCACAAUCAUGAUCACCUUUAUCAAUGGAAGUGUUGGUAUAACACACAGUUCUGUAUCAUAAUUUUGUGGCAGCUAGUUAAUAUGUAAACUCAUGGUAAAAUAUCUGAUAUGUUGUUGCACACCUGUAAUUAUAUAACGGAACAUUACACUUUUAUGUGUAUUUCUAAAAGCUGACAAGUUGUUUUACCAAUAGAUAGUCAUCACUAUUGAUUAUUUUAGUUAAUAUUAAUGGUGGUUUAACAACAUAACUACACUUUGUGGUGACCAAAAAAGCAAUGUUGCAAAGAAAUUGGCAAAAUAUAAUAAGCCAUUUAUUUUUUCAUGAAAGCUUUUUUAGCUUUGUCUAUUAAGAAAAAAUGCUGGUUUGAGAAAACUGUUAAGAGGUGAAAGCUUUUAUCAUGUACAUUAACGUUAAAUUUGAGGUCUUAUGAAAAUUGUAAAAUAAGGAGCAGGAUUGUGAAUGUUACAGUUGCUCCAUAGAAGGCCAUGAAUUGUAUGUUAUGAUAUAUUAUUAGCCACUGAAUUAACGUUAUGCCAAACAUGAUUUUAAGACCAUUUUUGUCGGUAACUCUUUGAGGAGUUGGAUAACAGUUUAAAGUUUCUCAUAAGUCAUAAUUUCAUUUCAUUCCAUUUUGAUGGAAAUCCCAAGCACAUAGCAGCGUCUAGGCGCUGAAUUGUGUACUUGUAUUGAAAACUACAUGAACAAAUAAAUAAGCCGAAAAAAGGAGGCCACAUUUGCGUACAAUUAAACAAUAAAAACACAAAACACUAACGUUAACGUUAACAUUGGCUAAACACAGUAAUUUUGUGCAUUACCUGUAUCUCAUCACGGAGUAUGUCGCUUAAAAACGUCUGAAUAAAUGUACUUCAUGU